AUUGGCGAACUUAAACGAAUUGUCGAAGAAAGUGAAAUAAUGCGCGAAGACGAUGCGAUGUGGCCACAGCCGGACAGGGUUGGUCGACAGGAACUGGAGAUUCUGUGUGGAGACGAACACAUUUCGUUCACAACAUCUAAAAUCGGCUCUUUGAACGAUGUCAAUAAGAGCAAUGACCCGGAAGGCCUAAAAACAUUCUACUUCUUGGUUCAGGAUCUGAAGUGCCUCGUCUUUUCGCUGAUCGGGUUGCACUUCAAAAUCAAGCCGAUAUAA